AUGCCCAAUGAAACUCCGUUGAGUAUCGUGCAGACUCUCUUCCUAGAACGUUUUCGAUGUGUGGUCGAAGGCAUCAAGCAGCUCUAUGAUGUACGUGGAGGACGUCAAGCAGCGAGCGCUUCGGCCUCCAACGAAAGCAGCGACGGUACGCCACCAGGCUGCUACGGUUGGUUGCUGUGGUUGUCCGGUACAGGUAUUCCUAAAGUCUUGCCGGCACUGAAGUGGCACGUGGGGCUUCGCCAGUUUGCUAUGCAGACUCUCUGCGACGACCACUUGAUGCCUUUGGUGCUCUCCCUCGAGGCAACACAGCCACGAGACUGCGGUUGUCCUACGCACCCCGAUGCGAGCAGCGCAAUGGAUUGCUGCUCCUGCUGCUAUUGCUGGAUAGGUGCUGUGGUUAGCAUUCUGGACUGCUUUGCAACUGGUCAGGUGGCGCUCUCAGUGCGCCCUGAAAAGAAUGAGAAACGUCGCUCGCCGGAUAUCCGGGGCCCUCUCAUGUGCCCGCAUCGAGAGCCUUCAACGCCAUGGCCGCUCUCAGAAUGCGCGGCCUCGUAUGCAACAUUCUGGCAGAGCAUGAUACGACAUGUGGAACGAGCCCUGGUUCAAGUUGAAAGCGUCACUGACAAGGCAACGCUCGCAGGCGAGGAGCACGAGGCUCUCCCCCAGCGUCUGUUUCACCAGACCCAGGAUGAUUCCGUGACGCUGUAUGCGUCCCAUGGAACAGCUCCCGUGGGUCGUUCCAAAAGAAUGAAGUACGCUGGGGCGUCUCAUGAAGAUGAGGCGGCAGGCGAUCAGACCAUUGCACCGGAUUCUUCAGAUCUCGCAGUGACGGGACGGACAUUCACCACGUCCGGACAUGAUCAACUCGCAUGCUCGAUUCAGGAGACAACCUAUCUUGACUGCCUUCCAGACACUGCUCGUCGCCGCACUAGCCCUGGGACGCAUCACCGCGAUGCGCUCCAACCUGAGCCCGAUCAGCAGCGCCACAAUAUAUAUCUAACCUGGGAGCCUAUCUCUCACGAAUACGUGGCCGAUGAUAGACCAGCAGUGCACUCUGGCGGGUCAGUGAGCGAGCCCAGCUGCCCUCGAGCUGAGCGCUCAUGGCUCUCUGGGCGUGCGACUGGAACGGGAACAUGUUCCGCGGAUGCUUGGUCAGCCAUCAGCGCUGCGUCGAGUCCAGGGCGAGCGUCCAGUACGACUCGAGAAAGGUUGCACCCGAUCAUUGGGGCACUCAUCUGGCGCCUUGUUACGAGUACAGCGACGCCGAUGAAGAGCAACAAGUUCCCGGCAAGGCGUGAGAAUGUUGCUCCAGCAUUUAGGGCUUCUCGAUUCGGUGCAGAGCAGCAUCGUGCAUGUAGCGCGCGCUCAUCUCAUAAUCGAUCCGCAAAAAGCAUUCACGAGGGCGUCUCUUCUCUGCAGGCGAUAACGGAUCCAUCCAAACGACUGGGAAGCGAUCCGCUCAAAAGUCGCUCGAGGAAAACAGCACAGUCGCUGGAUCCGACGCUGGUUUCGGAUCCAUCGAUUCAGCAAAUGUCGACGCAGAAACUGAGCAUCGUUUCCGUAGAGCGAUCUAUGUAUGCGCGUGUUGCGGCAUUGGUUGCGCUUUUAGAGUGUCUGCAGGAUAGGGAUCACGUGUUGGUCUCAGGUGCAAUGCAUCCCAAAGUAUACCCGCUCAUCAACAGCUUCCUGUGCGAACUCGUAACAAGCUGGGAACGUUCGGGUAACCGGGUGGGAUUGACGGCGCUCGUGCCGUACCAGGCAGCGCUGCAACAGAAACCAAGCUGCGAUCCGGCUGGUCCGUUUUCCAGAAAGCUGUUUUUGUCCAUUAUCGCUGCAAUCUUGCGGGGCACUGUACAAGAUCUGCGGCAAACCGUACAUCAGUUCCUGGAUUCUUCUGGUGAUACGCAAGCCCUCCGUCUGGAACGGGGUAAGCAAGUCAUCCAGGAUGUCCGAUUUCUGCAACAGUCUCUGGAGCAUAUUCGCUGCAGAAUGGUUGACCUGGAAGCGACUCCAAAGGCACCAAACGAGACGCUUAUGGAACCGCGCUUGUCAGAGAGCACGCCGACUAUCGCAUCGCUUCUGGAGGCCGACAUCCACUGCUUGAUGACGCUCUGGGAGCAACUUGAGACGCGUCACCAGCAAGUGCUUUGUGCUGACAGCCACUCAGCUCUGGAUAUCGGUACACGCCUGACCUCGUUCGGGGAAACAGGUACUCGCAACCAGCACAGUCGUAGCCAUGAGGACGAUGGCGACUGUGUGGGCAUCAGCAUCAGCAGCAGCAGCAGCGGUGAACGUCGGAUAGGCUGCGCUCCUUGCGGGAAGCCGGCGCGCUCGCUUCCCGGAUCUGUUGCUCAACGUGUCGCCCAGUUGCUGUUUGAGGUUGCACAACGUCGGGGCCUAGAUGCCUCCAUGACGGCGCUGCAUCGGUUUGCCUCCAGAUCAGGGGCGCCUUGGCUGGAAACGCUCGAGGUUUUACUCCGGGGACCGCAACGCAUUGCAUCAAGCCCAGAGUCAUGGACAUUGUGGUAUAAGAUGUGCUUCGAGCUGCCACGCGUCUUCAAUUCUGUCGAGCGACUUGCUGGCAAAUUGCUCUUGGACAAGUUCCUCAAGCGUUGCUCAGCUGAACUUGUGAUCGACGAGCAGCAGGAGCCGGCUCUCGUGUUGAAUUCACUGCGGAGGUAUCUCGAGGCUUUUCGUCGAGCGGAAUCGAGCUCAUCGGUAUCUGGGCAGCGAGACCUGCCCAGUCAAAUGGACGGUAUGUUGCCGGAUCUCGAGCGCUUAACAGCGGUCGUAGUGCGCGGAAGCUUCGCUGCGGCGCAAGGAUGCGCGAGCAAACCACCGGAGAUGACUUGGUCCGUGGCAGAGACGCUCUUUGUGAAUGUGCUCACGCCGACGCUGCAGCCUCUACCAUGCUGGACCCCGCUAGAGCCCGUGGCAGGCUCAGCGGUGCUGUCCUCGACGCAGCAAACCUCUUGCGAGGCAUUUCAGCUCUGGUUGACAGCGCUUGAGGAACUGGCACCGUGGAUGCCGCUGUAUGUUCUCGCCCGGCGGUUUCAGGACGUGUUUCGACAGCGACUUUCGACCGUCAUGGAGAUGCAGUGUGCCAUAAGCGUCGCCAAGCGACUCGUUGACUCGCUGCUUGCCAUACUGCAGGCGCUGGACCGAGGCCUCGCCGCAGCCCAGUCCUUGAAAGAGCAACCGGAACAGCAGCAGCACCAGCGACAAGUAGGUUAUGCGAUGGAGCCUCAGGCUUUAUCGCUUUUCCGCGGCACGCUCUUGAAUAUGCUGCUCUGCGGAUGUGUGCCCAUUCCGAGCAAGGAUACUCCUGACACUCCAGUUGAUUCAUAUGCACCGCAUCGACACGCUUCAGCUGAGCAGCGCAGCGCUCGUUGCCAAAGCCUGCGUAGUGCCCUCCUCGUUCUGGUGGAUGGCUUGCAACCGCUGGAGAGCGCUGGACCCCCGAUAUUCUUUGGCAGCCACUUUGCUGCCACGAACAGACCGCAGUAUGCUGCCUUGGGAUCGGACGCAGCCGGCCCAGUACCGGACCUGAGCCCUGCCCUGUACCUCGAUACGCGUCUUGUUCGGCAGCGCCUCCUGUGGGUCUAUAUGCGGGCGCUCUGCAUCUGGCCUCGAACAGCAUCGAAUGAAACGCUGCGGAGCCGCUUGCUCGACACACUUUCCCGUCUCUUCGCCGAAGCUGGGACCGGUUUGCAGCUUGAACCGACUGCUGUGAACGGGCUGUCGUCAUCCCGCGGUUCCAUUGUGAACAGUGCGUUGCAGAGUCUGCUGGAAAUUGAGCAGCGACUUGAGCGUCAUGCACUGGGAUCGGUUGCCGCGGACCCCUGCGCGCUAUCCAGGGCCUGUGACGCUGCCUACGUCCUUUGGCUCGUAGACGAGCGGGAACAUGCACCACAGGACGAAGCGGUGCAACGGAGCAACUUGCGAAAGCGUCUCUGGCGCUGGGAGCUGAACGCUUGGCAUUGCGAACAGCGAGCCGCUACAGCGCUGAAUGAUCUAAGAGACCUCGAGUCGUUGCAUUUGUUUUCCCAGUACCUGCGGUGUCUGGUGAGUGGGGAUCACCAACGAAUAUCCCUGAUCGAGUACCUGGAUGGCACUCUUGGUGAGCAGCUACGCGAAGCCCUGGACGAACCAAAUACACAGGCGCUACUCCCGAUUAUAUUACCAGCGAGUCUGGUACCGGAUUUUUGCGCUUGUAUGUCGCAGGAUGCUCAUCGUCGAGCGCUGUUGAUGCUCUUUUGGCAGCACCUCUACACGGCAACUGUUGCUGGUGGUGCCUCUAUCCACCUGGAGGGGCUUCCUAAUCCCGCGUACUGUGAACACGUUCUCCUUACCUACGGGAUGAUAUUGGAGACAAUUGAGCCUCAGUCUGGGCUGUCCUGGCCCGAACAUAACGGCUCUCUAGAACUGGCGCUUGGCCAGUGGGUAGCAGACGGCCUACCAUCAGGUGUGACCACGAACGCACUCGUGGCGAUACUUUCCGAAGAGCUGCAGCGACUCGUGCGCAGGAUUCAUCAGCGCUUGGCUCAUGGUGACCAGACGCCUUUGGUAGCAUCCGCUUGUGCUCGAGACACCGUCCAUCCGCAGGGACAAGAGCACCAGUCGGGUGGUUCAUAA